UAUGAUUGUUUUUAUUUUUAAAGUAGGAUUACAAACUGAUCUAGUGUUGCUCAAAAGUCAAGCAUGCCUCUGCCAUUUUCUUCAACUCUCUCCUGAUCAUCAAGGACGGAGAUUAUCUUUAGAGGAAACAUAAUACUACACAUUGCUGCAAUAAUUCCAGUUCUUAGGGUUUAAAAAAGGGCAUAGAUAAUACCUGGUGAAGUGUGUAUACAUUUUUUUGGGCCCUUCUGUAUACACGUGUGUAAAUCUGGAGUUGCUGAUGGUUCCUGGGAAUUUAAAGGGUUAAUUGUGCCUUAUAAGUAUUUUAAAAGGUACAUUAACUACAUAACUACAGCAUAGUUGUAUGCUUGCAAUAACUAAUCAUUCAGAGCCGACUUCCUGAAAGAGGGAUGAGCAGGAUAACUUCAGUUUGUCUCUCUGAAGGACCUUUUAAAGGGUUCAUGUGAAAACCUACACGAGUGUUUUUUUUUGGUAUGAAAUUGGGUAUAUAUUUGGUUCCUUGUUGGUUCUUUAGACAGUUAAGUUCCUGUUUUCUAAAAGGAUUCAACUUGGAAUCUACUCUGAAAGGAAAGCCUAUGUUGUAAUACCAGCCCAAAACAAAUAUGAAGAAACCGUUAGAGCACUAGAUGGAACAUUGUUUUCUAAAGGUACAUCAUGAGAAUGACAUUUUCAAGAGUGUAUGGCAUAGCACUGUUAAAAACCACUGAUCUCACCUAUCUGCCCCGUGCCCUUAUGACUCAGGAAAAGCUGCUGCCUCAUAGGAGGCAGUGUGUCAGCUGUUGUGCUUGUAUCUCUAAUAUGUACCAGAAUAGCAUCUACACCCGCUGAGGGCUUAACCUAUAAAUAGGCUUCUAGAUAGAGUUUGGUUGAAGUGUUGAGACAGCUGAGGAAGUCUGCUAACCAGGCCCUGCCUCAUUUUUCUGGAUUGGACACUGACAGAAGCAGAGCUGGGAUAAGUACUGCUCGAAAGCCUGGUAGAACCUGAACUGAGGUCGUCACAGAAUUCAAACAGCUAUGGCUCUGCCGAUCGACCCCAUGGAGGAGCCUCGAAUGUACCAGCAGACGCUGCUGCAGGAUGGUCUCUGCGACCUGCUGGAAAACGACACCAUGGUGGACUGCGUGCUGAAGAUCAAGGACAAGGAGUUCCCCUGCCAUCGCCUGGUGCUGGCUGCUUGUAGCUCCUACUUCCGGGCAUUUUUUAAAUCAGGUGUGGAAGCUAGCAAACAGCGUGAGAUAGUCCUGGAGGAUGUUGAACCUGGUGUCAUGGGUAUGAUUCUGAAAUACCUCUAUACAUCAAGCAUCAAUGUGACUGAGCAGAAUGUUCAAGACAUCUUCGCAAUCGCCAACAUGCUCCAGAUUCCUUCCAUUUUCACAGUGUGUGUCUCCUUCCUCCAGAAGCGCUUGAGUUUGAGCAACUGCCUGGCCAUCUUUCGCUUGGGAUUGAUGCUGGACUGCCCUCGGUUGGCUGUCUCGGCCCGGAAUUUCGCCUGUGAGCGUUUUCAGCUGAUCGCACGAGACGAGGAGUUCCUACAGCUAAAUCCCAGCGAGUUAGCAGCCAUCUUGGCCUCGGACUCACUGAACGUGGAAACGGAGCAGGCCGUAUUUGAGGCACUACUCAAAUGGGUGGGCCGUGACGAGGACAGCCGCCUUGAGAAACUCCCCAAACUCCUGGACUGUGUGCGCUUCCGUCUUGUCCCGGAGAACUAUUUUGAAGAGCAGGUGGAGCAACACGAGUGGCUGCGAUCUAACCCAGAAAUUAUCAAGAAGCUGCAGCUGGUCAAAGAUGCUUAUGCUGGUAAGCUUCCAGAAGUCAAGAAGACCAGUAAGAAAAGCAAGGAGAAGACACAAGAAGAGGGUGAGGAAGAAGGAGAAGAAGAAGAUGAAGAGUUACUUCCUGGAAUUUUGAAUGAUAAUUUAAGGUUUGGCAUGUUCCUCAGAGACUUAAUAUUCAUGAUAAGUGACACAAGCUCAGUGGCUUACGACCCUACCGGAAACGACUGCUAUGUGGCGGCAAUAUCCAGCCAGAUUCCAAAAAACCACUGCAGCAUUGUAACCAAAGAGAACCAGAUCUUUGUGGCUGGUGGACUUUUCUUCAAUGAACAGAAUGAAGAGGAGCAGCUGAACUCAUACUUUUUACAGUUUGACCCUGCAAGUUCAGAUUGGAUUGGAAUGCCCCCCAUGCCCUCACCCCGCUUCCUGUUUAGCAUGGGUGAAGCAGAGAACUCCAUCUUUGUAAUCGGUGGGAAAGAACUAAAGGAAGGAGAACAAACUUUGGACUCGGUCCUAGUUUAUGACAGACAAUCUCUCAAAUGGGGAGAGUCAGUUCCUCUUCCCUAUCCGGUAUAUGCCCAUGGAACUGUGUCUCACAAUGGAAUUGUGUAUGUAAUAGGAGGAAAAGCAGACAGCAAACAGUGCUUGAACAGGGUCUGUGCUUAUGACGCGAAGAAAGGUGAAUGGAAAGAUCUGGCUCCGAUGAAGACAGAGCGAUCGCUGUUUGGCGUCACCGUUUAUAAGGACAAGAUCUACGUGGCUGGAGGUGUUACAGACGACGGUCUCACUGACACCAUGGAGGUUUAUGACAUCAAAUCAAACAAGUGGUCCGAUUUUGUCGAGUUUCCUCAGGAGCGCAGCUCUCUCAGUUUAAUCACGGUGGGCAACAACAUCUACGCUGUGGGUGGCUUCGCAGUGUUUCCAGGUGAAAACAGUGAGGAUCUCGCACCAAGAGAGAUGACUGACAUUUGGAGGUAUGAUGAAAAAGAGAGGAAGUGGAACGGUAUCCUGAGAGAGAUCCGCUAUGCUUCUGGUGCCACGGUGUUGGGGGUUCGUCUCAACACACUGAGGCUCACUAAAAUGUAAACCAUCAAACCAACCGUUUCUUCUCACUUUUUUUUUUUU